AUGAGGAACCAUCAAGAAAUCACAUCGAAACCGUUACGCAGGGAGCGGUUGAAAAUCUCUAUCGCUUGCCAAGCUUGUCGGAUAAGGAAGUCGAAAUGCGACGGCGGUCGUCCAGCUUGUACUAGGUGCCUGCGACGAGGAAAGCCAUGUACGUACAGCAUUGAUUCCGGCGCCAUCGAGCGACAAACAAAACGCAAGCCCCUUGUCCCAAAGGCACCAACAAUCGGCCGUCACAUUCCUUUCGCGGCCUCGUCUCCAAACUUGGGAGCUUGUUCGCAUGCGACUCCAUCGACGACUGGACCUCUCUCCAGAUCGGAACAUGUCGAUGAAGACCAAGAGCAGGAGCUUGACCGGGAUCAAAACCGGGCGUACUACAGCACCCAUGGGCAGUUUGCUGGUGAAGUCGCAGCCGCAAUAGACGUGAGAGCAGGGCUCGUCCCGGCCGCUACUUCGAACCUUGUCCCAUUCGUGGAUGCGCCCUUGUUUGGGGUGUUAGACCUGCACUCUCCCUGUAGUGUUCUCAACUGGGCCACGGAAUUGCCUCUCCGCGCUCAUGCGGAUAGACUUGUCUGUAUAUACUGGCAAUACGUCGAUCCCGUGGAGCCGGUCUUGAGCCGAGAACGCUUCUUACACGACUAUGAGGCAACGUACUCCCGACCUGGUGCACCUCUCCAUGCGGACCGUGACGUCUGGCUCAGCAUACUCAAUGUCGUCUUUGCACUGGCAGUGCAGAGACAAGAAUCCAUCCCUCGGCAACAACGCGACGAAGAAGGGAAUCGCUUUUUCCAGCGCGCGUGGGCUCUUCUGCGGCCCGAGACAAUCUUAUGGAAGCCUGGGACGCUCGAGCUGGUCCAGUGUUUGAUGCUUAUGAAUCGAUACCUCCACUGCACCAGCAACCAACUGAAGACAUGGAUGACAGCGGGGUUGGCAAUCCGGAUUGCGCAGAGUAUGUGUUGCCAUCUCCCCGAGGGAUCCUCAGACAAACAGUCCUGCAAUGAUAGGCAGUUGAAACAACAUGUAUGGGCUAGUUGUGUGGCCCUGGACCGAUGCGUUUCGUGGUCACUCGGCCGGACAUCGGCGCCGUCCUUGAUCCCCUUACCGAAUAGGGCCGAGGCCAUGUCUACAAGCGGGAGCUACCUACAGGGCGGUAGGCAUGCGGAGCAUCUUUCACGGGAGCUUCAUGAGAUUGGUAAUCAGAUUCAGUUGGCACAGACACAGACUCGGAAUGCUCUCGCUGCCAGGUUGGGACUACCUCGUCUAUAUCAACAGGACGACUACCACGCCGUGGCGGUGCAGCUAGACGCCUGUCUCAACAAAUGGGAGAAUGGUCUCCACAGCGACUGGAAGUUGGAAAAUCUGAAUAAGGUUGUUGACAGGACGUCACGAGCGGAGCGAUACUUACUUCAUCUUCGUCUCCUUCACUCUCGAAUCGUCCUGUACAGACCCAUGCUCGCACGUCUCUACUCUCUGAAAUCCCACCCCGCACCAAUCCAGGCACAAUCCAACCCUCCAAGCUUAAGCGAUCGGCUUCUCAGAGAAUGCGCCGCAAUGUGCCUGGAAGCCGCGCAGAAGCUCACCUCCUUGAUCAUCGAGACACUGGAGCCAAACGAACCAAUGGGUCUCCUGCCAUGGUGGUAUCGAAUCUACUAUCUACACAUCGCAGGGACCAACUUUUUGGCGGCCAUGUUCGAAGCGGACCUGUUCACCACGUCGGUGUCGCAAUCUUGGAAAGACGUCCUGUCGACCCUCCACGCACAUGAACAUUUGAGUGUGUAUGUUCAACAGUGCAUCCGGACCUUUGAACUGCUCUCGGCGAGAAUUCUGGAGACGCAAUAUCCCACUCCGGACGGAAUUAGGGAGAUGCCGCUUGAGGCGACAUCUGGGUCCCUGUUCGAUAACAUAUUCCAGGAUUUAGGGUUUGAUUGCGAUAGCUUUCUCUUUGGCAUGGAGGAUUUUACUGAGGGCAUACGAGCUAGUUCGAGGUGA